GAACCAGGAGGCUUCAAAUAGAGCGUCAGCGCCGUCAGAGAAACAUUCAGUGACCAGUCUUCUUCACACAGCGGGAGGACGACAGAAACAAAGAUGGAGCGACUCGUCUUUCUCAGUUUGAUGUUUGUGGCUUCAGCUCUGGCUGCGCAAAUCGACCCUAGAGGAGCGCGCCCGGUGGAGCACGCCACCAGAAGCGAAAAAUGUGCCACUGAGAAGGAGUGGCCUUUCUGCACCUCUGACAACUGGGGCCCUAAAUGCCCGUCGGGCUGCAGGAUCCAGGGACUGAUGGACAAAGACGACCACGACUUGCUGAAGAAGAUCGAGAAGAUCCGCAGCCUCUUGGAUCAGAACAAGGCCAACUACCGCAACGCUGACCACCAUUCACCUGAGAGACUCACAAUCGCCGCUGAGUAUGAUUUUGAAGUUUCCAGCCACCUCCAGCAUUUCUGA